CUUAUAAAGAAAUCCAAAAAUACUAGUGUGAGGCAAAAAACACAAGAAUGAGCAGCCAGGAGGAAGGGAAGACUGUCUGUGUCACAGGAGCUUCAGGUUACAUAGCUUCAUGGCUUGUUAAGCUCCUGCUCCACCGUGGCUACACCGUCAACGCCACCGUUCGUGACCUCAAUGACCCAAAGAAAACUGAGCAUUUGCUUGCACUUGAUGGAGCCAAGGAAAGGCUUCACUUGUUUCAAGCAGAUUUACUGAUGGAUGGUUCAUUUGAUGCGGUUGUCCAAGGCUGCGAUGGCGUUUUUCACACUGCAUCUCCCUUCUUCAUUACAACCAAUAAUCCACAGGAAGAGCUGAUAGAUCCUGCAGUAAAGGGAACACUGAACGUUUUGAGUUCAUGUUCUAAGGUUCCAUCAAUCAAAAGGGUGGUUUUGACUUCAUCUGUUGCUGCAGUUUUGUACAAUGGUUCGCCAUUGACACCAAAAGUUGUGGUUGAUGAAAGCUGGUUUUCCGAUCAAGGGAUUUGUAAGGAAUCAAAGCUGUGGUAUCCACUUUCGAAGACUUUGGCUGAAGAAGCUGCAUGGAAAUACGCAGAAGAGAAAGGCAUGGACAUGGUCACCAUCAACCCUGCAAUGGUCAUCGGACCUCUACUGCAGCCAACCCUCAACACAAGUGCCCGUGCCAUUUUUAGCUUGAUCAACGCACCAACAUACCGCAAUAUCACUGUUGGGUGCGUUCACAUCACGGAUGUCGCAAUCGCACAUAUUUUGGCAUUUGAGACGCCUUCCGCUAGUGGAAGAUACUGCAUGGCUGAGAGUGUUGUCCAUUUUUCCGAACUAGUCCAGAUACUACACAAGCUUUAUCCUUCGUUCAAGCUUCCAAACACGUGUGAAGAUGAUGCUCCAAUUGUGAAGUAUCAGUUCUCCAAAGAAAGAGCAAAAUGCUUGGGGAUUAAGUAUACACCUCUUGAAGAAGGCAUCAAAGAAACCAUUGAGAGCUUGAAGGAGAAGAAAUUCCUAAAAACAGAAUUAAUAGUACCGGAGAAAAUGAGCGGUGCCGGAAAGACGGUCUGUGUAACCGGAGGUUCAGGCUACAUUGCUUCGUGUCUCGUCAAGCUUUUGCUGGAGCGAGGAUACUCCGUCAAAGCCUCCGUGCGCUACCCUAAUAAUCCAACAAAAACAGACCAUUUGCUGAAACUUGAUGGAGCUAAGGAAAGGCUUCACUUAUUCAAAGCAGACCUUCUUCAAGAUGGUUCAUUUGAUGAUGCAGUUGAUGGCUGUGAUGGUGUCUUCCAUACAGCAUCUCCUUUUUUCACUGCAGUCACUGAUCCCCAGACAGAGUUAAUUGAACCUGCAUUGAAGGGAACACUCAAUGUUCUUGCUUCUUGUUCAAAAGCUUCGUCGGUGAAACGAGUGGUUGUAACAUCCUCCAUGGCUGCAGUUGAGGCUACUGGGAGACCUAAGACUCCUGAAACUGUAGUUGAUGAGACUUGGUUUUCUGAUCCAGAUCUUUGCAAGGAAAUGAAAUUGUGGUAUGUGCUAUCAAAAACUUUGGCUGAGGAGGCUGCUUGGAAAUUUGCGAAAGAAAAGGGGAUGGAUAUAGUCACCAUAAACCCUGCAAUGGUGAUUGGUACUCUAUUACAAUCAAAUCUUAACACUAGUGCUGAAGCAAUUGCAAGACUAUUAAAUGGGUCAGAAACGUAUCUAAAUUCCAGUCUCGGGUGGGUUAACGUUAAGGAUGUUGCAAAUGCACACAUCCAGGCUUUUGAGAUCCCUUCGGCUAGCGGAAGAUAUUGUUUGGUGGAGCGUGUUGUUCACUAUUCCGAGUUGAUAGCGAUUCUGCGAAAGCUUUACCCGUCUUGUCAACUACCAGAGAAGUGUGCCGAUGACAAUCCUUUCGCUCCAACGUUCCAAGUUUCGAAAGAAAAAGCAAAGAGCUUGGGAAUUGAUUACAUUCCCAUUGAGCAAAGCAUAAAGGAAACUGUGGAGAGUUUGAAGGACAAGAACUUUGUGAAACUGUGAUCAUCUUCUAUGCUGCCUCUGCUCUUUGAAAUAAACCGUUCACGGCAUCGCAAUACGUAUUUAGUACGUUCGUUCGUUGCGGAACGUGGUGCAAUUUAACUAGAAUUUAUCAAUCUGGAGUUAUAUUUAGAUAUAAUCUAUAAUAAAAUGGUGAUAUCUUUGCUUAUUUAUAUAGAGUAGUUGUUUCCGUGAAGAGUGGAAAAAAAGCCCAAUUAAUCCAUUUCUUAAAUUUAUCGGGCUAGUUUGGGCCAAUGUCAAUUUUCUCUCUCGAAGGACUAGAUUCGUCGCAUUGGAUUAGCACAUCUAUCAUAUAAACAAAGGUUAACUAGGUUCAAAUUUUAGUAUUGGUAUAUUCAAAUGCACCUAAGUAG